ACGAUUUGGGAUCACACGGUAUUCAAAGCUUUAUAAAUCAUUUGGUAUCUAACUCUCAAACUCAGCCACAUUUUUCUCGCCACUUCGUCAGUGCGCGUCAGUCAAUUGACACGGCAACUAGAGGCCUUGGUUUGUUGAAGCACAAGCAAAAGCAACUAACAACAGUAGAGACACAACAAGAACUAACGAAGAUGACAGCUUCUCAACAAGCAGACGCCUUUGAUGUGGGCGUUGCGUCUGUGAAUUUUCGGGUUCGUUGCGAAACCUUGGGCCAUGGUGAUGAGGUUUUCUUGGUGUCGGAUGAAGGACAAGGGGCUCGAAAGUCGAUUCCCUUGUACACGACUGCGGCAGCUUUCCCUUGGUACCACACACUAGCGCCCAUCACGCUGUCGUUGCCUCCUCGGGCUCUGGAAGACAAGAAGACGCUUCCAGAAUCUCAGCGUUAUUUUUCCUAUCGAUACGCCAUUCAUCGAGCAGGAGUGUUCCACCGUUGGGAGAAUCCCUCGGAUUUGGCUGACGAAAACGAUGACGACGUGACAAUGGAAGACAACUCGCAGACCAUGGCGACAACAACAGCAACAACGACAACAGCAGAAGCAGCACGUCACAAAGUACCACUGCGUCUCUUGGCCAGUCGCGAAACUUACACCAUCAACGAUGUCUUGGGCGUCACGUCCGGUCCUCCCGAUAUUGAUCACAUUCGCGUCCCAACACGACCAACUUACACCAGUGCCGCAUCGAUGCAUUCCCGUGAUUCCAGUCAAAGUCAAUUGGCAGGCAGUCAUUCCAGCAUGAGAGGCACUGAAGCGGUCUCGCCCAAACCGGGAAAUCGAAAAAAGGCAGUGGGAUUCGCUCCGGCUCCUCCGCCCUAUCAUCAUCAUGCUCCCAACAACACACCCAAGGCAACAGUACACCUAAAUUCCACCGAUGGACUCGUCGUGGUCAGUGCCUUUUUGCCCGUCAUUCUGCAUCGAUCCAAUGAAGGCGUCUGGACCGCCGAUUGGGAUUACGAGGUUUUGCUGUCCAUGCAAACGCAUCUACGAGUCACACGGGUCGGAGUCGUCAAAUGGAGAGGAUGGCAUGGUAAUGUCGGGUCAGAUGGGAGUCCGGAAGCGGGUGUACCCGUCGCCGAACGAAGUUUGGUAGAAGAGUGUUUGCAGCCCUUCAAUUGUGUGCCCGUGUGGGUAGAACCGAAAUUGUUUGGUGAAAUGUACAAUGGAUUCUGCAAAGGAGUCCUCUGGCCGGUACUACACAAUGUCACGUCUGUCUACUCUUCCAGGCCUGAUACUGCCGCAGAAGCUACCGAAGAUGAGAUGGAUCUCCGACAAGACAAUUCCGAAUCCGCACAAUUCUCUGAAUACAGCAUGGAUGAUGUUGGUCAGGGACCAAUCCACGGAGGAAGAGGAAGUGAAGCCGAACUUUGGGCGGCAUACAACUCGGUCAAUCGCCAAUUUGCCGAUGUCGUAGUCCAGUGCUUCAACGAGGGAGACUUGGUCUGGGUCCAUGGCUUUCACUUGCUCAUCCUGCCGUCCUACCUUACCCGGCGUAUUCCAAUGGCCAAGGUGGGAAUCUUCCUCCACACUCCCUUUCCCAGUUCGGAAAUCUUUCGAACCUUGUGGUGCCGCGAGGAUCUCCUUCGAGGAAUGCUCAACGCGGAUCAAGUUGGAUUCCAUCUUUUUGAAUAUGCCAGGCAUUUCCUUACUUGCUGCCGUCGGUUGUUGGGAUUGAACUAUGGCAUGGUACCAGAUGCGUCCGGUGGACAUACUUUGGCAAUUGAUACCAAUGGCCGUCACGUGGCUGUUACGAGCAUCCAUGCCGGUGUGGAACCACCCGUCUUGAACCAGAUUCUAGCGCACCCCAUCACGGGAGAGAAGGCCCAAUCGAUUCGCAACCGCUUCCAAGGCAAAACUAUUUUCUGCGCCAUUGAUCGGUUGGAGUCACUCAAGGGAAUUCCAUUGAAGCUGUUGGGCCUGGAACGGUUCCUCAGAAGGUGCCCCGAAUGGGCAGGCAAAAUUGUCUUGAUUCAAGUUGGUAUUUCUGCUCAUGAACGACAGCAGGAUUAUGCCAGGACCAGGAAGGAAAUUCCAGCCAUGGUCAAGAAAAUCAAUGAGGCAUUCCCUGGAACGGUUCAAUUCCAGGAAUGCUCCGAGUCGGAGAUGCGAUUGCAACAACGUAUGGCACUUCUUCGUGCAGCGGAUGUUGUUCUAGUGACACCUAUUCGCGAUGGUCUCAAUUUGAUUCCUCUGGAAUUCACAAUUGCGCAUCAAGACGCAUUAACGGAUGCCGGAAAGCGGGAUGGUCGCAGACGCGGCUUGUGUAUCCUGUCGGAGUUUUCCAGUUGUACACGUGUCAUGAGAGGUGCUUUGCACGUGAAUCCGUGGAAGAUUUCGGAGAUUGCCAACGCCUUCCAUCAUGCCUUGAACAUGUCAGAGGAUGAAAGGAUGCGCCGAGUCAGUUGUGCUUCUGAGUUUGUGACCCGUGUGACAACUCAGAGAUGGGCAUUGGCUGUCAUGCUGGACCUCAAGGGUGUGCACAAAAAUGUGAAUCCAGUGCAGCUGUCGGGUGCUGGCCUCGGUCUGGGAUACAGAUUGUUGAACAUGGAUACUGGCUGGGGUUCACUCGAUUUCAGUGCUGUUGCUAGGGCCUACAAGAACGCCCGUUCGCGUCUGAUUCUCCUUGAUUAUGGCGGUACCAUCGUAAGCAACGAUAAUCUUGAUAAUCUGACCAGAUUUAAAAUGGUAAAAGAAAGAACUCUCCCGUCGCUGCCCACUGACAAAAUGAUCAACACAUUGAAGAAUCUUUGCGAAGACAAGCGAAACGCUGUUUUUGUUGUGUCCGGAAAGGAGCGACAUUCCUUGACCAAUUCGCUCUCUGGUGUUCAGAAUCUUGGGCUGGCUGCGGAACAUGGUAUGUUCAUUUCUUGGCCGUCCGCGAAGAAAUCCGACAAGAGACGCUGGGAGACACUGGUACCUGAGACCGACCGCACCUGGAGGUCUCUUGCCGUCACAAUCAUGGAAGUCUACACUUCGCGUACUCAUGGCAGCUACAUAGAAGAAACCGAAAUGAAAGUGCUAUGGCAGUACCGUGAUGCGGACUUGGAGUUCGGAUAUCUUCAGGCCCGAGAGCUUGAAGAUCACUUGUCGAAGUAUCUGAGAAGUUAUCCUGUCGACAUUCUGCACGGUGGAAUGGAGGAAGGUGGAUACGUCGAAGUCAGACCGAAAGGUGUCAACAAGGGUGUGUUGGCUAUGAGAAUCAUCAAGCACUUCCCAGUGAUAGCACAGAAGGAUCGCAUUGACUUCUGCCUGGUCCUAGGAGAUGACCAUUGCGACGAACCAAUGCUCUCAGUGAUGCGCCAAGUUGGUCGACGCAUUGCAGGGGUGCGGCGGGCAAAGGCAGGCGACGAACCACUCCCUGAUAUGCCAGCCACCAUCCCGUUGGUUGAUGUUUCCUCUGUCGAUGGGUACGUAUCGCCUGAGCUGGAAGUCUUUACAGCUACUGUUGGUAAGAAACCAAGCGCCGCGGCAAGUUACCUGCACGACGUGAACGAAUGCCAAGAGCUGCUGGAUAGCUUGGUGAAGGUUUCAACGCGAGACCAAAAGUUCUACUCUGCCGUUGACUUGCGGUCUCACAUGGCAGAACCCGGCGGAUUUGGUGUCACCAUGGACAUUGCGACGGUGAGCACCGGUAUGCAAAAGUCAAUGAGCUUCGGUCAGAUGAGCAUACCCGAAGACGAUGGCGACAAAGAGCCAAAACAGGGUUCCACUGGUUUUCUUAAUGACUACCUGGGAACCAUCGAAGACGAAAACGCUGGUGAUGAAGAUGAGUUUCUGUUUUUUGAUUAAGGCACUUUAUAUUUUUAAAAUAAUGAAAGCAAUUUGAAGAAAUGCCUCAUGGUUACAUUAUUACACAGAUAACUAAACUAAAUAGAAAUGCUUUGCUUGCU